GGUUUCUUCAUUGUACUCUGUUUUGAAGUUAUCACUUGGCAGCAAAGCUAAGCGGAACGAAACUAGUUCAUUCAAUUUGAAUCGAAGAUGGACAAGAACAUGAUGGCAGACAUGGAUUCUCUCCCUGAAGAAGACAAGUUGAGAAUGUCUGCCACGAUUGAUCAGCUUCAGAUUCGAGAUAGUUUGAGGAUGUACAAUGCCUUAGUGGAGAGGUGUUUUACAGACUGUGUAGAUACCUUCCAGCGCAAAUCGCUGACCAAGCAAGAAGAUACAUGCGUUCGCAGGUGCGCUGAGAAGUUCCUCAAGCACUCUAUGCGCGUUGGCAUGAGAUUCGCCGAGCUCAACCAAGGAGCAGCUACAUCAGAGUAAAGAUAUUCUUGGGUCAUUUUUUGUUUGGAGGACUCUACCAGUAGUUUGAUUACACAUAUGUUAGGUGAUCUGAAAUAUUAUGAAGCAAGAUCACUCCUUUUGCUGGAGAAAAUAAAGAGAAGAAGAAAGAACUAAGAUCAUAUAGGUGGCUUGCUUUGUUGAACUUGCUUAUUGGGUUAACUUCUCUACAAUGACUGCUCUUGUGGUAAUUUAUAUAGCAUUGUUCAUCAUUGAAUGACAAAUCUUUCCAGAUUUUCUAGUCUAGAUGAUGAUGACUCCUCCAUUGUCGUUAUCUUGAUUUAAUUUGGUUUUGUCUCUGAGUUAAUUUCGGUUGGGAUGAUAAUGAUUCUUUUGCCAAUCCAGUCAUAUUGUUACAAUGGAGAAUAACAAGUGUGUUGAUGACUACUUAUCACA